GACGACAGCAUCCCAUGAGCCUUUGCGACCCUAAACAGUCCAAGAUGGCGGCGUCCUGUACCAGAAUUUUCUCGAAAGGCGUCAAACUUGCCCCAUGUCUGGUCAAACUAGGCCGCUGUACACGUCUGCCACCGAAAAACAGCGUACUAACGUUCCACAGAUCUCAUCUAUCUACAAGAAGUGCGAGUUCAUGGCGUGUUUGUGGCGCUUUUAUUCGCGGAAAUGCCUUGGGUGGGAGGGGGGCAGUGGUUGCGUCAGGCUGUGGAGCUGGUGUGUUUCUAGCGGCUGGAGUUGCCUACUGUUACGGAAGCCGUGGUGCCGACAACCAUUCCGAACUGUUUACAGCAGCAAAGCGUAAUGACGUCGCAGAAAUCAAACGGCUGGCAGAGAUUGGAGUUGAUGUGAACCAGAGACAUAUCUUGGGCUGGACUCCACUGAUGGUUGCAGCUGUCAGUAGGAACUUAGGAGCAGUGAAGGCUCUACUGGAGGCUGGUGCUGACCCCAACAUGAGGGAAGAGUUCGUCAACGUUUACCAGACUGCACGAGAGAAAGGAAUGCAUUCAUUGGAUGUUCUUGUGACCCGAGAAGAUGAGUUCAGUAACCGGCUGAAUAACCGAGCUAGUUUCCGGGGAUGCACGGCUCUGCACUAUGCAGUGCUGGCAGAUGAUGUUCACAUUGUCAAGGCACUUCUGGAAGCUGGUGCAGAUCCCACCAUGGAGAAUGACAGUGGCCAUGCAGCUGGUCUGUAUGCACACAACAUGGAGGUCAAAAGACUCCUGGAGGAAUACAAAGACAAGUAUGCAGAGCUGCAGAGACAAAAGCAAGUGGAGGAGAGGAGAAAGUUCCCCCUGGAGGAGCGGUUACGGGAGCACAUCAUUGGACAGGAGGGGGCUAUCACUACAGUCGCUGCAGCCAUCAGAAGAAAGGAGAAUGGCUGGUAUGAUGAGGACCAUCCACUGGUGUUCCUGUUCCUUGGGUCAUCAGGAAUAGGUAAAACAGAGCUGGCCAAGCAGAUAGCCAACUACAUGCACAAAGAUGUGAAGAAGGGGUUUGUUCGGAUGGACAUGUCUGAGUACCAAGAGAAACAUGAGGUGGCAAAGUUUAUUGGAUCCCCGCCAGGUUAUGUGGGACAUGAGCAGGGCGGCCAGCUGACCAAGAAGCUGAAGCAGUGCCCUAAUGCCGUGGUGCUGUUUGAUGAGGUGGAGAAAGCCCACCCUGACGUCCUCACCAUCAUGCUACAGCUAUUUGAUGAGGGAAGGCUUACCGAUGGGAAGGGAAAGACUGUAGAGUGCAAGGAUGCCAUCUUUGUCAUGACCUCUAACCUUGCAAGCGAAGUGAUCGCCGACCAUGGACUUCAGCUGCGUAAGGAGGCACAGGAGGUCUGGGCGCAGAGGAGACAGGAGACUGGUGAUGAGGAUGUCCUGCUGACUGAGAGGAUCACUGUCUCCAGACAGUUUAAGGAGAAAGUGGUAUAUCCAAUCUUAAAGAGAUCUUUCAGAAGAGACGAAUUUAUUGGUCGGAUCAAUGAGAUUGUGUACUUCCUGCCGUUCAGCCAAUCAGAGCUUGUCAAGCUGGUAACCAAGGAGAUGGAGUUUUGGGCCAGUAGGGCCAUGAAUAAGCACAAGAUCACGCUGCUGUGGGACAGACAGGUGCUUGAUGUGCUGGCUGAUGGGUAUGAUGUGCACUAUGGGGCCAGGUCUAUCAAACAUGAGGUGGAAAGAAGAGUGGUUAACCAGGUUGCAGUAGCACACGAGAGAGGCCUGAUACACCCAGGUUGCACACUUCGCAUUGCCGUGGACAACCCUAAUGACGUCAUGGCACGGAAUGACAACAAGGAGCCUGAGAAACUCCCCAUCAUCAAACUCCAGCUUGUUAAAGAGGGGAGCAAAAGUGUGGACCUGAACUUGCCAAGAGUACCUGAUGACAGAGACCAGACCUGGUCCAAUUUUUAGUUUAAUUUAUUAAGCCACACCAAAUCUACUCUUUCAGAACCUGAGAAGUAUGCCAAGCUUUAUGUCUGUGGUAAAUUUGUGUACAAAAGGUUUUACACCCCCUCUCCACAGGAGGGUGCAACUGCUGAGCAUCCAAAGAUUAGUCUUGCAACAUAUUCCAACUAUAAAAUCUAUGUUGCUGUGCAGCGGCUCUGCAAUUGCUCUCUAGUGGUAAAGGAGGCAAACAGCGUAUUCAGGACCCAAAUGACUGUACAUUUUUUGGGUUUUGAAGGUGUGGUGGGUCGUACAUAAAAUUAUGGUUUUACAUGUGAAAAAUCUUAGCCUGAACAGCCUGUACUACAUCUCUGUGUACGACUAUGGACAUGCCCUAUCUCUUCUUGUACAGACAGGGUCUGAGUUCCAGCCCAGAACUCCCCCUGCUGGUCUUUGGUUCUGAGAUCUUUGUGAACUCAAACAUGACAAAGUGGCUGUUGGACAGGUCCUGCAAAGAAACAAAAGAACAUUUAGAUUCAUUUAUUUCUUCUGGAGAACACAAAUAAAAUGCCUCGCAAUCUG